AAAUUUCGAUCCCUCGACUUUCUGUCGUAAAUUGUUCGCUGCUUUCUGAGACCCUGGAUGUCGGAGCGAGAUCACGCUAGGCAAAACACCGCCUACACAUAAAGUUCAAGAAGACGAGAACUACAAAAUUGCGGUCGAAAUGGCGCUCGGCUAGGGGGCGUUUGAGCUGCGCUCUGCGGAAGGCGCGCAAUAACUACAUCACCGAUGUUAUUGGGGAUGUCCGAUCAAAAUCCUUCUGGGAGCUCAUCGCCUCCCAGCGGAAAGACGGCCAAUCUAUGGCACCCCUUAAAACCGAGACCACUCCUUUGCUGAACCAGAUACAGAGAAGGCGACAGUCUUAAACCAGCAGUUCUGCCUUAACUUCUCCCUGAGAACACUAACUCGAUCCCUCAUCUUCAACGCAAGUGUCCGAAAAUGGCUGAUAUUCUUGUAACUGGCGUCUUAAAACUCUUAAAGGUCUCAAGACAUCAAAAUCAGCCGGCCCCGACGGGUUGCACCCUACAAUCCUUAGAGCAUGGAUAGGCUCUAUAGCAUUCGGCCUCACUUUCAUGAAUGGACCGCUGGCCACUGCACUAUGUGCUCGAUGGAACAGCCGCAUUGUCACUUGUCUGGGCGGAGUCAUGUCCGUAUUUGGACUCCUGAUGACGUCAUACGUCACGCGAUUCUCUUGGCUGUAUGUAACGUAUGGGAUUGUCUGGGGGCUAGGCGCGAGUCUAGCGUACUUUGGCUCGAUCGCGGCUCUGACGUUAUACUUCAAAAGACACUUGUCCCUUGCGUACGGGAUUUGCCUGUCUGGGUCAGGUGUUGGAACGCCUGUCAUGAUUCUACUCCUAGAGCACUUAAACAAGGCGUUCAACUGGAGGAAGACGUUCCAGCUCUCCGCCGCGAUCUGUGCGCUGGUGUUUUUAUGUGGCAUAACUUACCUAUCUCAGGAAAAAACGGAAUUUAAAAUGAAAUCAGAGAAACUGCGCAAGCGCAGACCUGUGGGUGUGGUUGAGUGCCUAACGUCUACAGGACACGCUCUGCGCCAGCUGGCCCGGCUGUUCUUUGACCCCGUGUUCUGGCGUGACCGCGCCUUCGUGGUGUGGGUUACAGCACUCGGAUUCGUCAUAUUCGGGUACUUUAUUCCAUUUGUGUUUGUGAUCCGCAUAGCAAAGGAUAUAGGUGUACCAGAUACACAGAGCACUUUACUCAUCGCCUACCUUGCGAUCACCCAGACGGUAUCCAAAAUCGUGUUCGGCAAGAUCGGGGAUGUCUUCCGGCGUCGGCGAAUCCAGAUCCUUCAGGUGCUCCUACUCAUCCAAGCCGUAGCUACCGCGCUCUGCCCAUUAGCCUCGAUCUACGGGUACCCUGUGUUGUUGGGGUACGUGGUCGCGUUUGGUCUGUGCGAUGGGUGCUGGUCGGUGAUGGUUGGCAUGGGAACGGAGUUGAUCGUUGGCAAGGUCAUGAUGCCUCGGGCGUUUGGUAACCUGUAUGGGGUAAUCGCUAUCCCCUUGAUCCUUGGGCCCCCUGUGUCAGGGUUCAUCUUCGAUAGGCUCGGAAGGUAUGACGUGGCGUUUUAUCUCUCUAGCGCCGCUGUCGUCAUAGGAAUUUGCCUGAUGUUCGUGGUCCAAAAUCUGAUCCCCGUUGAAAACCACAAAGCGGAAGAAGUUUACUUAGAUUCUGAUGAGGAGUCUGUGCAUCCGGGAAAGCUGAUCGUGGAUCUGAGCGAGAUGAGUCUUGCGGGGUCACGCGCUGCGUCACAGCUUCUUAUACACAGACGUGGUAUCCAUGGCAACGACAUUCCCAGCAGGCCUUGCAGUCUUGUCAUAUCCCGGCUGCUAGAGCGGGAGGUUGUCGAGGAGCAAAUGGGUUCACGUUUGACGCUCUCCCAAGAAUGGUACCCCAACAACGUUCGCGAAAGCCUCAUAGACGAUUCACUCGACGAAAUAGUCGAAUUGGGCGGCGGGCAUAGGGCUAGGGUAGACUCGAGUAUUCCGUCUGUGGUUUGGUCACAUGUGAUGGUGACCGAAAAGGAGAACUCUACAAACAAUAAAACUCAAUGGGGUAUGAAGAGCAGCGGUUGGGAUUUGGAGAAGAACGUCUCAGGGAAAGCAACAGCGAUACCAAUCAUCGUAAAAGAACAAACACUAAGCGCCUCCUGUGAUUUAAUCAACAACUAUGAAUUAGGGUCUAGAAAGACAGUAGUCAUAAGCGAUUUACGGCUCGAUUGCGAUUCCGAGAAAAGAAUCUCGACUUCAAGCAGAGCAGGGAGCGAGGAUUCUGGUAGAUCUACUGAUAACGAGCUAAGCCAUGCAUCGGGAUAUUCUGGCAAGCUUUCGACCGGAGCAGACAGCGCUUAUGGAGAACUCGAACAGAAAAGUGGUCGUUUGCAAAAGACAGAUUAUAAGUCUUCGAGCUCGUCUACGAUUAAUGGUUCCGUGAAAUCUUUGGUACAGGACCUUCCGUCUUCAAGUAUUCCAAACACGUGUCCAGAAAUAGCCAAUCAGAAAAAGGAAAAUGAAGAGGACACUCCACAGACGUGGUUCGUGUCACUGGCCAAUCAAAAAGAGGAGAUUCCACACACGUGCUCAUCUCUAGCCAAUCAUGAGGAUAACAACCCAAUUACGUGGUCAACUCUUGCCAAUCAAGAUAAAGAAGAAGAUAUGUUCAGCAAGCUAAUGGAAAAGGCUUUAGAAAUUACAGAAUCUUUAGAGCGAAAAGGUGAUACUAUAUUAGAAAGUAAAAUUAAUAAUUGUCGCGAAACUACGCUUUAGGGAACGCCUAAGUGCACUGGUCCACAUAACAUCCAUCUAAUAAUGGUAUUUAUUGUCCCGUCUGUAAGGGUGAAGAUCUGUAAGGAUUCUUGGUUCCUAAGGCAGUUUCCAUUUAAAACAAUUUAAUCCAUAACACAGUCACCGGUAUAAAGAAGAAUAUAUUCCACGAUUUCGUUCUUGAAACUGGACAUACCAUACUUUAAACCACUGGAAGCAAAGGCAAAAUUAACUUUUUUUCAGUCUUUCUAGGUACUGUCUAUCAAGGAAAUAAAAUCAGCAGGGGGUGGAUAAAAAUAAACACUUAAAAAUUUUCGUAAAUGAUACUUGUAAAUAAAUCCAUCGACGCACAACACUCCCUCUCAUAUUAAAAGGAGAGAAAAAAUUAAUGUACAUCGCAUCGAAUAUUUUCAUAAUUAUUUAAUUUCAGGUAAUGAAUAAAAGUUCUAAUGUUGUUAAA